ACGAAUUUUGCUCCACGUCAAUUCACGGAAACCCAACAUGUCGAAGGACGAAGAGGACCGCAACCUGUAUGCAGUGUAUGUCGUCGCAGGGGCAGUGCUCGUGCUCCUUCUUGCAUUCAUCAUCAAGCUAGCUGCAUCUGGAAGCAGCCCUGGAGGAAAGCGCGAUGUGAUUCUGUUGCUGGGACCGUGUGGUGGUGGCAAGACUGCGUUGUUUCAUCGCUUGCGCGAUGGGCCGUCGAAGGUGGACACGGUGACAUCAAUGAAGGAAACGCUGGAAACUUUUCCAUUGUUUGAUGAAGAGGCCGCGACUGUGUCCGUGUUGGACUUUCCAGGGCAUGAGCGGCUGCGAAGUCAAGUGUCGCAGUUCUACCCCAUUGCGAAGAAGCUUGUGUUUGUGGUCGACGCCACGACGGUCGGUGACGCCGCGCAAGUUCGUAAAGCUGCUGAAUUUUUGUAUGACAUCUUCGUCCACCCCAAAGUCCACGAUAACGGCAUUCCACUCCUCGUUGCGUGCAGCAAGGCUGAUGUAGCGACCGCCGCCACGCCCUCGCACAUUCAAUCCCUCCUAGAAACGGAGUUGUCUCAAUUGAAGAGCACGCGGGCGUCCCUUGAAGCGCACGACGACGACGAGUCCAUUCCACUUGGCCGCGAGAACGUUCCGUUUGCAUUUGACGUCGACGCCCCUUGCGAGGUCGUGUUUGAAUCGUACUCGAUCCAUUCCGCCGAAGCCAUUGCGCCGCUCUUGGACUUUAUUCUUCAGGAAUAGAAACGACUUUUUGGCAUUUUUGUGUCAUCAUGAAGCAUUUUGAUUCGCCACAUAAUUUUGUUUUAUCCACUCAUACAUCGAUUC